AUGAAAACUAAAUUGGCCACCGUGUGGCUCGUGGCGACCGUGGCCAGUGUCCGAGCAGCAUUCAACAAGGUUGGGUGCUACCCGAAGCUGGCGUUACUGGGCGCCGACAGCCAGGGCCUGUACCAGUAUCAGCUGAACGGCUGGUGCACCGACAAGUGCCAGGGCUACGCCGUGGCGGCGCUCAUUGGCGGCAACACCUGCUACUGCUCCAACCAGCUCCCGCUGGGGCUGCAAGCGCUGGACCUGAGUUGUGACGCCAAGUGUGUCGGUUACCCCAUGGAAAACUGUGGUGGUGACGACUAUUUCUACGUGCUCCGGGACCCGCUGGUGAAAGCUGAGCAAGGCCAGUCGUCGCUGCUGCUGCCCCAACAACAGCUGCUGCAGCCGCAACUGCUGGCGGCGCCAACGCUGACGCUGGUGCAAGUGAUGUUGCUGACGCUGGUGAAGGUGUUGACGCUGGAUCGCACCACCACCACCGAUAGAACCACUACCACCACCGACCAGACCACCCAGCUGUCAACGGCAACUACCACUUCGAGCACCACGCUGACGUCAUCGACGCCGACGACGACCUCAACGACGUCGUCGUCCACCUCUACUACCCCUAUCACCACGCUGAGCCUGACGGAACCAUCGUCGACAACCACAUCUUCAUCAUCUUCGUCGACCACCGAGCAGCUGACGCCGGUGACCACGGUGUUGUCCACCAUCACCGCCGACGGCUCCAAGCUGGCCGAAAUCAUCUUCAAAACUAUUUAUAACGUUGAGAGCCCCGCCCCCACCGCUACCGGUGUGGCCACCGCCCUGGAAACCCCGCAGAGAAAAUCAUCUGGCAUCAGUGGUGGCGCCAUCGCCGGUGCGGUGGUGGGCCUGGUGGUGGGGGCGUUGCUUAUCGCCGGCGCCUGCCUCGGCUUCUACCUCUGGAGACGCCGGAAGGACGACGACGACCUGGACUUCGAAGACCAGUUCACGCUUUCGGGCCCCGAGAAGCCCGUGGACCCGCCGGCGCCGUCUACACCUAACCCUUUCCUCGUCGCCGGGGGCUUCAAUUUCGCCGACAGCGGCACUAAUAAUCACGGGGUCGCCAACACCACCAAUCUGCUGGAGCUGCUGAAAAACCACCUGCGGGCGACGCUGCAUGGCUUCAUCCUGGUGGGCGAACACCUGUUCACGCUGGACGGAGACUACCACGCCUACGAAGACCGCCAGCUACGGCCCCCGCCCGAACCGGUGCGGAAGCUUUCAAUUGGCCUGUUGCCGGAAAUGGUCGCCCGCCAGCCCGGCAGCUUAAAAGUGGUGAACAACUGA